AAACUACGAAUCCUCCUCAUUUCUUCCUCUUCCUCUAUCCCUUCCAUUUCCAUUGGCCAGAACAAAGAAAGGAAGAGGGAUAAACCGUUGACCUUGAGAUCUAGGUUUCUGUCUCCCUUUCCAUUCUUACAUGGAGAAAAUCUUCAUCCCCGAAGUCUGGUAAGUUUUCUCAUCCAUUUUCCUCUCUCAGAUCUGCAAUUUCAUAUUCAGAUUGCUCAAUUUUUAUUGCACUAAUUCUAUCAUAUAGAGAUGGAUAGCACUUAUUCCUCUAUACCCAAAAAAUCGUAUGUAGAAUUAGAAUCCCACAAUGAUCCCCAACACGCUAGAUCUCCUCCCAAAGCCCAUGUCAAAUUGCUACCUUUGGAUGAAGAAGGAGGUUACCUACAUUCUUCCAAGAAUGUGGGUGAUGGUGAUGAUGGUUUUGAUAAUGAUCUUGAUUUUGAUUUUGAUAAUUAUCCUCUUAUUGAUGGUGGGUCUAAAACUGGGUCUGGAAUUUCUGGGGCUGUGUUUAAUUUAACCACUUCGAUUAUUGGGGCUGGGAUUAUGGCCCUCCCGGCUGCAAUGAAGGUUCUUGGAUUGGUUUUGGGGUUUGUUUUGAUAAUUUUGAUGGGUAUUUUGUCGGAAAUUAGUGUCGAAUUGUUGGUGAGGUUUUCAGCCUUGUGUAAGGCCACUACGUACGGUGAGGUUGUGCAAUACGCGAUGGGGAGACCGGCGAGGGUGUUAUCAGAGAUUUGUCUGAUUAUUAACAAUGCAGGCGUGUUGGUGGUGUAUUUGAUUAUUAUGGGGGACGUCAUGUCCGGGUCGGUUCAUCAUGUGGGGGUAUUCGAUCAGUGGUUGGGGAAUGGAAUUUGGGAUCAGAGAAAGCUGGUGAUUUUGGUUGUUGUGGUGGUGUUUCUUGCUCCACUUUGUGCUUUAGAGAGGAUUGAUUCAUUGAGCUUGACUUCGGCUGCUUCGGUGGCUCUUGCAAUUGUGUUUGUUGUGGUUGCUGUUGUUAUCGCAUUUAUUAAGCUUGUCGAAGGAGACAUUGAGGCUCCAAGGAUGGGUCCAGAUUUUGGGUCAAAAAAGGCUAUUCUGGACUUACUUGUGGUGAUUCCCAUCAUGACGAAUGCUUAUGUUUGUCAUUUCAAUGUUCAGCCUAUAUAUAAUGAGCUUGAAGGGCGGUCUCCUCAGAAGAUGAACCGGGUGGGGAGGAUCACGACUGCUGUUUGCAUUGUGGUCUAUGCUUUUACAGCCAUAUCAGGGUAUCUAUUAUUUGGGGAGGAUACUGAAUCUGAUGUGUUGACCAAUUUUGAUAAGGACCUUGGGAUUCGUUUCAGUUCAGCAUUGAACUAUAUUGUCCGGGUUGGAUACAUUUUUCAUUUGGUUCUUGUUUUCCCAGUUGUUCAUUUUUCCCUACGGCAAACAGUGGAUUCCUUGGUGUUUGAGGGAUCUGCUCCACUCUUAGAGAGUAGGAAGAGGUCUUUAGGCUUGACACUGGUUUUGUUAGCCAUUAUUUACUUCGGGUCCACUAUGAUUCCUAACAUUUGGACAGCUUUCAAGUUUACAGGGGCAACAACAGCAGUGUCAUUGGGUUUUAUAUUCCCAUCCCUUAUAGCAUUAAGGUUAAAUAAGCAAGGGGGUGGUUUGAACUUCAAGGAAAAGUUCUUGUCCUGGCUGAUGCUAGUAUUAGCCAUAGUAGUUGGAGUUGUUGGAGUGAUCGGCAAUAUCUAUGGCAUUGAAAGCCAAUCCAAGUGAUCCUUUUCAUAGUGAUGGGCAAGGCUUCUCUAUUCAAUGUUGCUUUGUGUCCACUUGAAAAUUUAAAUGAAAUGCGGGUGAUUGAUGAAUCUUGAUAAGGCAGGUUUAAUAAAACACAAUUCUUCAAUAUGUGAUGAUUGGAAGAUCCGAGGGGUGCACUAAUGUUCCAAAUACAAUGUCUUUUUAUGCUUCAGAAGAACUGUGACAGGCUGAGCUUACAUGUCAGGGAUGUUUAGAGGAGAAUCUUCAUUGUAGUAGCCUCCCCAUGGGCUGUUGUAACUGUAUGUUUUAGAAACGAUACUGCUGGUUGAACGGUUACUUUAGUUUACACUGGCCAGCAGCAUUUCCCAUUUCUUGGAUAAAGUCUGUUCUUCUUCAA